AUGGCCAACUUCAUUUUGCUUACCGGUCUGGCCCUCCUGCUGACCGCCCAGAUAGGCACUGCCUAUGUGCUGUCAUGUUACUUCACCAACUGGGCCCAAUAUAGGCCCGGCCUUGGAAAAUUCAUGCCAGACAAUAUCGACCCAUGCCUGUGUGACCAUCUGAUCUACGCCUUUGCUGGGAUGUCCAACAAUAAGAUCACAACUUACGAAUGGAACGACGAGACCCUUUACAAAUCCUUCAAUGCCUUGAAGAACCAGAAUGGAAAACUGAAGACCCUCCUGGCAAUUGGAGGAUGGAAUUUUGGGACAGCCAAGUUCUCCACAAUGGUUUCCACUCCCGAGAAUCGCCAGACCUUCAUCAAUUCCGUCAUCAGCUUCCUGCGCCAGAAUCAAUUUGAUGGGCUGGACAUUGACUGGGAAUACCCUGGGUCCAGGGGCAGCCCACCCCAGGACAAGACUCUCUUUACUGUCCUGGUUAAGGAAAUGCUGGCAGCCUUUGAGCAGGAAGCCCAACAGGUCAACAAGCCUCGUCUCAUGAUCACCGCAGCUGUUGCUGCAGGACUUUCCAACAUUCAGGCUGGCUACCAGAUUGCUGAGCUUGGAAAGUACUUGGACUACUUCCAUGUGAUGACUUAUGACUUCCAUACCUCUGGGGAAGGGUUCACUGGGGAGAAUAGCCCUCUAUACGAAGGCCCAGCUGACACUGGUGACUUCAUCUACUUCAAUGUCGAUUAUGCUAUGAACUAUUGGAAGAGCAAUGGUGCUCCAGCUGAGAAGCUCCUUGUUGGAUUCCCAACCUAUGGGCAUAACUUCAACCUCCAAAACCCAUCUAACACUGCUGUUGGGGCACCAACAUCAGGACCUGGGCCAGCUGGACCUUACACAAGGCAGGCUGGAUUCUUGGCUUACUACGAGAUCUGCACAUUCCUCAACUCUGGAGCCACCCAGGCUUGGGAUGCCCCCCAGGAUGUGCCCUAUGCUUACGAAGGCAGCGAAUGGGUUGGCUAUGACAACAUCAAGAGCUUCAACAUCAAGGUUGACUGGCUGAAGAAGAACAAUUUUGGAGGUGCUAUGGUUUGGGCCCUUGAUAUGGAUGACUUCACUGGCACUUUCUGCAAGGAAGGCAAAUAUCCCCUGAUCACCACCCUGAAGAACAGUCUUGGUCUGCAGAGUGGCGACUGUGUGCCUCCAGCUCAGCCCAAUCCUCCAAUCACUGAAGCUCCUAACCAAGGAAGCGGAAGUGGGAGCGGGGGCUCAGGUGGCAAUCCUGGUGGCUCUGGUGGGAGUGGUUUCUGUGCUGGCAAGGCCAACGGCAUCUAUGCAGAUCCAACCAACAAGAGCAACUUCUACAACUGCCUUAAUGGUGAAACCUUCGUGGAGAGCUGCCAGAGCAGCCUCGUCUUUGAUACCAGCUGCUCUUGCUGCAACUGGCCAUGA